UUUGUUGUUGAAUCAAAGUCCAAUCAACUAGUAGGUCGCCGUUAAUAAUGUGAUUUGUUGUCUGUGUAUAAUAAAAAAUUAGAACGCAAUUCUAUAUAAAUUAACAAUUUUACUUAUCGCUUUAACUAUAUAACAAACGAAAAGUACAUAUAACAUAUAUUUUUUUAAGGGAUUAAGUGUUUUAUAUAAAUCAAAUCCCAGAAUUCUGUGCAGAAAACUUAAGCUUCAUUCAGACAGUUUCUUAUUGGAAUUUUGUAAGAGGUAAAAGCGAUAAAAUUAAUUUAUUAAAUGUUUUGAUCAAAGAUCAGUGUUAUGUAUUAGAUCAGAGAGAUAACAAUGGCAAAGAGAAUUAAGGACAACAGUUAUAACUGGAACGAGGGGUUAGAUAACUUUAAUGAUUCCUCAGUUUUAAAUCAAUCCUUUAGUAUGAAAUGGAAUAAUUGUGCAAACAACAAUAAUGGUGAAUCACUUCUAAAUAAAUCUGUUAGUAUGACCUGGAACGAUGAUACAGAUAAUAUACCAUCCACAAGUAAAAACAAGCCCAAUGAAGUAAAUGAAACAAAUCAUAAAUCAAUUCUAGCUAAAUACUUUUAUAACGACUCGAAUGAUGGAGCAGAUGGAAUAAGUACAUCAAACCUAAAUAUGCGCUUUGGCUCAAAAUCAAACUUUUCAGAAAAGGAGCUAAAUAUGAUGAUGGAAGCUGAAAAAAGUGUAGAUGAAGAUCUGAAAAUGUUAGAACAAAAGUUGUCUAACAUGACAACUCAAGAAAAUGAAGAGUCUGAAGCAAGAGGUGAAGAGACGUCAAAUAUAUUCAAUAACCAAGGUUUAAGUACUGGCUCUGUCAUGAACGUCAAGUAUUUAAAUAAUCUCGCGAAAGGGCAUAAAAGAUAUGAUAUAUUUGAAUCUUUUGAUGAUAUUGUUCCCAAUGAGGAAUAUAAAGGAAGAACAUCUAAAACGUUUUACUCUAAAACAAAAAAACGAAUGCCUGGUUUUUCCUUCAAUAAGAAUAACUAAAAUUUCAUGUAUCAAUGGUAAAGAUAAACAUGAUUUUUUUUUACGAAGAUAAUUUGACAAAUGUGAAGCAAUCUAAUCUGACCGUAACUGCUGUAUUUAUUUUUAGAAAAUAGUUUGAUAUAAAAAAGUAUGAGAUAUAAUCACAUUCAAGAGAUAUAUUAUAGCAAUUUUGUAUUAGUAAAAAGUUUAAUAUAAAAAAUUAUGAGA